GAAAAAGAAGGAUCAGUCCAAUGUCCAUACACACAUUCAACAACAAUAACAAGAAGAAGAACAAGCCUUGUCAAUUGGCAUCUACUCCUCUCCUCUCUCACCACACCCACAUAUAUAACCCCCCCAACCCCUUACCCAACACACUCUCCUUUUUGGCUCCUUUCUUUAUAAUAUAUUUAUAACUCUCAUUCAGAUUUUCCUCGCCACCACCACCAUUCUCUCCUUUCUCACCUCUCCACUUUUUUCUCUCUCUCUCUCUCUCUCUCUCUCUCUCUGACGCUGAAAAAAGUAAAAGAUGAGUGAUGAAGAUUGGGUGAAAGCGGCCAUGACCGACGACUCCGUGGUGGUGGAGCUCCUGAUGCGCCUCCACCAGAAGAGAGAGCACUCUCCGGCGGCUUUGCAGCUCGAGUGGAGCGUCAGGCAGCGCCGUUCCAAGCCGAUGAUGAUUCUUCAAGCGAACAAUAAGAAGAAGAAGCCGACGCCGAGGUCCAGCCCCACCACGCCUCUCUCCUGGAGCUGUGGCGCCACCUCCGUCAGCGGUGGUGGAGGAUGCGCCGCCGCGGCCGGAGACGGUUUUGAGGAGUCGAGCCGACCUCCGCCUACCAAGCGGCUCGACGACGCCACUAGAUCUAAGGCUACUGCUACAAGUGGAACUACUGGCAACAAGAGAUCAAGAAAGAAAAAGACAUUAGCUGAACUUAAAGAGGAGGAGAACUUGCUUUUAAAGGAAAGAAGGCAUUUGAAGAGGGAAUUAGCAACAUUACGUGUCACUCUGGAGAAACACAGAGCCACAAAUGAAAGCUUGAAGAGAUUGAAGCUUGAUUUGGAAUCACAGCCGGCAGCAGAAAGAGUUGCAGCAGUUGCAUCUAUCAAAGCAAUCCCUGAUCAAACGCAGCAAAAUGUAGCAUCUCCCGACCCUAUUCCUUCAGUUUUGCAACCAGAUGUCAAAACCGAUAAUCAUGACUCUACACAACUACCCUGUCCGAACGGUUCUUCCAAGCUGCAACAGGAGAUCAUAAAUCAGGAGAAUAAAUUUCUGCUACCUGAUCUAAAUGAACCUACUGAGGAUUCCAACUCUGAGGUAUUGGAUAGAAUUAGCUGAGAUGGAUCAAGCUUAUACUGGUAAUCUGUUUUUCUAGAUGAACCGAGACAAACAUAUGGAGGGCAUUUAUACUUAAAUAAGUGCUUGCUAACCUUGUUGUAGGAUGAAAUUAUUGCAAAUGUAAUUACAGAAACAUUACCUUCACCACUUCCCAAACAGAAAGCGGAAGUAUUUUUUUUUAAUUCAUGAGGUUACUGAGGGUAGCAUAGAGAUCCUAACCUAUUAUACAAGUCACAUUUUUUUUGUUGCAGGUUUCUAUGUACCUCCAAAAGGGUCUUUGGAGCCAGCCAACCCUCAUUCCUUCUAUCCCCUUUCUAGGAAUAUUUACAGAUGAGUUGUAUAUUACUAAAUAGAUGCAUAUCAGAUAUUGGUUACCUUUUGAUAGAAACCAUUUAAAUCUGAUUUCCAGUUUUUCUGUGC